ACUCUUAUGAAGCAUCACAGAAUGCCUUUUGUAGUAGAACAACAACAACGAGCAACUCAACCCCUUAAGCUUGUCCAAUUUGAUGUGUGUGGCCCAAUGAAUACAAUGUCAAAUGGUAAUAAUAGGCGCAUGUUGAAAAGUAAAAUGGUCAUCUUAUUAAGAUGUUGCGAACUAAUGGUGGAGGACAACGGAGUUGCUAAACGAAAGAAUAGAACCAUAAUGGAUAUGACAAAGAGCUUGUUGAAGGCAAAAGGAAUGCCCAAUUCAUUAUGGGGUGAAGCUGUCUCUUGUUCUAUUUGUUUGUUGAAUAGAUCUCCACUAAGGAGUGUCCAAAAUAUCACCCCUACAGAAGCUUGGAGCGGUUUCAAGCCGAGUGUGAAACAUCUUAAGGUAUUUGGGUUUGUUGCUUAUGCUGAUGUUUCAGCAAAGACAGGGACACAGCUAGAUGAUGGAGCAGAGAAGACAGUUUUUAUUUGCUACAAGCGUGGCGGGUAUAAGCUGUUCAAUCUUGAGACAAAGAAGGUGAUUAUUGAUAGUGAACCACUGACAUUGGAGGAGGCAAUUCAAGAUUCUAAGUGGGUAAAUGUAAUGAAUGAGGAGGUCAAGACAAUUGACAGGAACAAUACAUGGGUACUCACUGAUAUUCCACAAGGUCAUAAAGCAAUUGAUGUCCAGUGGGUUUUCAAGACGAAGGUGAAGUCAAAUGGCGAGGUAGAAAGGUAUAAAGCAAGAUUGGUGGCAAAGGGAUUUGAGCAGAGGCUUGGCUAUGAUUAUCAAGAAGUUUUUUCUCCUAUUGCUCAAAUGCAGACCAUCAGACUUAUAAUUGGUUUGGCUACACAAAAUCAAUAGAAAAUCCAUCAAAUGGAUGUGAAGUUAGCUUUUCUAAAUGGCCCACUUGAAGAAGAGGUAUAUGUCAAGCAACCUCUUGGAUUCAUGAAACAGGGAAGUGAAGAUAAGGUGUAUAAGUUGAAGAAAGCAUUGUGUGGCCU